AACAAAAAUAUUAACGAUUCCCUGAAUUGCAGGGCUACAUGUCAGAUAUGGCAAUAGAUUCUUUAAGAUUGCCUUUCUUAUUUUCUUGCUUCUUCUCACUCUUCAUUGUCAUCUCCAGCGCCCGGCCAGGAGACGAACCUUUUUAUGACUGCCCAGAUAUUGGUAAAUAAACCACCAACAGUACCUUCCAAACAAACCUCAGAACCUCUUAUCCAUCCUCCCUUCUCAGCCCAACGGAAAUAAUUUCAGGUUUUACAAUCUCUCUUUCGGCCAAGUCCCGAUUGCGUUUUGUAGAGGAGAUAUUUCUGCAGAUAUCUGUUGAAGCUGUGUCCGUGCCUCUACACACAAUUUUUCAGAGAUCUGUCCAAAGAAAAAGAAGGCAUUUGCAUAUGCGGAUGAUUGCCAGCUACGAUAUUCUAACAAAACUAUAUUCGGUGUAGUUGAAAAUGAACCUAGUGUAUCUUAUACCAGCCUAUAAUUUGUUUCGUCAUCAGAAGGAAUUCAGUUCCAUUCGGAAGUCGAAAGAUUACUCAAAAGACUUGAGGAUAAGAGCUGCCUCUGCGGACAGUAAGUUUGCAACAGGAAAAGCAACCGUGAACUCUCAAACAAUAUAUGCGCUUGCCCAGUGCUCUCCUGGCUUGUCCAAGCAGCAAUGUGAUAACUGCCUAGUUGCGGCCAUUGGAGAGAUUCAAAAUUGUUGCUUUGGGAAUGUAGGAGGAAGUCUGAUUAGACCCAGCUGCAAUUUCAGGUUUGAACCAUAUAUGUUCUAUACACCUACUGCUGACCCACUACCACCGGAAUCAUACCCACCGCCAGUAUCUCCUCCGUCAAGAGAAGGUAAGGUGCCCAUGAGUGAGAUGCCGCAUUAAUUAGCCCAAGAAAAUUUAACUUGCAAGCACCAUAUUUUACAUUUAUUCACAAAUAUCUCAUUAUUAGGCAAGGAUCAGAGUCUUAAAACAUGAGCACAGUGUUUGGCUAGAGAAUAUCUGCACCAGAUGAUACCAAUUAAUUUAAAAUAAUCAGUCUAUAUAUAGCCCUGUUUGACAUUGAGUUUCAGGGCCUGAAAUUGCUUUUCUGAAUAAAAGUAUCAGUUUAUA